UUCUUUGGGAUUAUUGAGACUUGAAAUUUGUUUCGUCACGAAUUCACGAGUCGUAUUGCAUAAAACGAAUAGUAAAUUAUUAUUUUAAGAGUGCGCUAAGCGCACGGAAGUUUCUUUAUUUCUGUACUUUAUAAUUAAAUUUCUAUAAAUUUCUAACAAAAUUUUGCACUCUACCUGCAAAUUGCUUUAACUUUCACUAGAUUUUCUUUUCCAUUGUAUUGUUGUUAUGUUACUAUUAUAUACGAUCAAGAGAAUAAAGGAUUUGUUUUUGAAUUACGUGCCAGUGUUAAUUGUUUACUUUUCUAACUAUUGGAAGUGCUCUAUGUUUGUGCCUAGCUGAGAAGUGUUGAAUCGAUAUUGUAUUGGAGCAAUAACCUAUUGUUGUGAAAUGAGUGUGCAUAUUUUGUGACAUACCUACUUCCUUGUGGGUAUUAGUUGCCGUUACCCUCCUAUUUAAAUUUGGGAAUCUUAUAAAAUAUACAAUGGGAAGGUUCACGGGGAAGAAAUGUCGGCUACUAUCUAUGCUCUGGCUCACAGGCGGCUUCUUUUUUGUGGAGCUAAUUGUUGGUUAUGUUACCAACUCCAUGGCACUAGUUGCCGAUUCAUUUCACAUGUUGAGUGAUGUAGCAGCACUUGUUAUUGCAUUUUUAUCAGUUAAAAUGUCACCAAAGAAAUGGUCAAAGAAUACAUUUGGAUGGGCGCGCGCCGAAGUACUCGGUGCCCUCGUCAACGCCGUAUUCCUGGUCGCGCUGUGCUUCAGCAUAACAGUGGAGGCUGUGAAGCGAUUUAUUGAGAUCGAGACGAUCCAUGACGCUCAGUUACUGGUCGCUGUUGGUACACUCGGAUUGCUGCUUAACGUUGUGGGAUUGUUCCUAUUCCAUGAGCACGGAGGUAGUCAUGGUCAUUCCCAUGGAGUAGUACCCCCACCGUCGAACGUCAGACAUCUGACGGAAAUUGUGAACAGCAACGCGGAUAUGGCUCUGGGUCACAACUCCACGGACCCUGAGGAGACUGAUGAAAUGGUACCGCCGAAGGCCGAGAAAACGUCAAAUAACAAUAAGCAACCGUGCCGCACGACAACUGACCCUGGACAUAUGAACAUGAAGGGAGUCUUCUUGCACGUGCUGUCCGAUGCUCUUGGUUCCAUUAUAGUAGUAGGUUCAGCGUUAGUAGUAUGGCUCACCGACUGGAAAUACAAGUAUUACAUCGACCCAGCGCUCAGUAUAGUCCUAGUCAUUCUUAUCCUCGCGUCAGUGUGGCCUUUGUUAAGAGAAUCCUCGCUCAUCUUGUUACAAACUGUGCCCACACAUAUCCAGGUGGACGCUAUACAGAGGCGUUUGUUGGAGAAGGUGGACGGAGUGCUCGCCGUCCACGAGUUCCACGUGUGGCAAUUGGCUGGGGACAGGAUCAUCGCUAGUGCGCAUAUUAGGUGUCAAAACCUGUCAGAGUACAUGAAGAUCGCUGAGAAGGUGAAAGAAUUCUUCCAUAACGAAGGGAUCCACUCCACCACGAUACAGCCAGAGUUCAUCGAAAUGCCUUUGGGUGGUAAUGAGAUAACGAGCGGUGCAUCAGCAGAAGCGCCGUGUGCUCUCCACUGUCCUCCCAACGACCUCUGUCACAACGCGACCUGCUGCGGGCCCAACCAGCAGGAGCACAACACAUCAUCACCCACAGUUACACCAUAUCUCUGCAGACAACGAAAUAUGGGAUCAAGAUCCGAGUCCAUGUGCUCGAAUUCUGGUAACGGAGCUCAAGGUAGGGGUGUCACGUGGAACUUAGAAGCCUUAGAGUGCGGAUUAGUAGAAUAACUAUGAAAUGAUCUAAAGAGGAAUCGCAGUCCGGCUCGAAGGACCAAUUUUUGUAAGAAUACAAAUUAAACAGUAUCGGUGUGAAAAUGUCAUCACAAACCAUUUUGUGACCACACAGACUAUGAUAAACUAUAUAGUGAGAGUAUGCUUUUGUUUAACACUUGUCAACUAUCCACUGAGAAGGAAUUUAUAAGAGUCUAGGAAUUCCAAUGUGGCUACUCGAUCAGUCCGGCUGUGAAAUAAAGUGUUAUUUAUUUAUUUGCGUACUUAUACAUGCAUAGGUAUAUUUGGUAUAGAUACGACUCGUGCGGUACAAAUAGGGUUCAGAUUUGCACAUUUAAGGAAAAAAAUUCACAUUGAAUUGUCGUCCAUCUCACAAUCUCGCUUUCACCGAUCACGAAAUAUUAGUUUGCAAAUAUUUUCUUAACAAAAAUUACGAUUUGUGUAAUUAUGUGAAUGAUACACAAGUAAUUCCUUUGUUACCAUGUACAUUAUUUACAUAAAGCUCUUAAGAUUCUCUUAUAAAUCGCAUAGGAAAAUUAUUAAUUUUAUAUAUUUAAACGCUAAAUAUCACAAACAUAACUCAUUACAUUUUUCUAAGGGAGUUGAAAGGUCUGAUUUUACCAAGUGUACAUUACUCAGAUACAAUAUACCUAUGUAGAGAUGGUACAAAUAUAAAUACUUAAGAAUACGUUUGCAGUUUUCGGAGUUUUAGCAUAUGUUAAAGCCUCUCUUGCAUUGCGUAGUAUUUUAGUCAAGAAUUGUAAUGCAUUCUUAUUAGCAUACCAAUGUAUUAUGAAUUCUGUGUUGCAAUUCAGUCGGUUCGGUAAUAUUAUUACUACUAUUUAUGUGAGGGUGGCGCCCUCUAGUAUCAAUUGUUUCUAGACUCCUUCAUUAUUCACAAAAGCUUCUAAUGUGGCUUAUUAAACAUUUUUUUUUAUUAAUCCAGACAUGAAUUUGAAAAAUUCAGAGAUUAAGUCCAAUUCGAUCUUACUAUAUUUAAUUCUCUGUUUGCUCAAUGGUUGACUGGUAAAGGCCAUUAUUCAGUCCGCCAUAUAUACAUUUAUUUUUAUAUUUAAACACUAAAAUUUAAAUAAAUAUAAAUAAAUAUCCAGACCUCAGUGAAGCGUUCAAUGAAUGUAUAACUUUAUUUGCUAUCACUGAUAACGUUGUUAUCACUGCUUAUUUUCUUAUUUGAAAUAUUAGUUACAAUAUAAAUAAAUUUGGAUAGAAAGUAUAUGAUUAUAACAUUAUUACUAAUAAAGUUAUAUUUUACCCUUAUAAUUAUUGUAACUUAUCUAAUUCGAAUUAUAUUGACACGAGUAAUAGUAACAGAAAAUAAAGACGAAGCCACAUGUUUCUUAUAAUAUAUACAAAUUGCUUGACUAAAAUACCAGCAUAGUGUCAACUAAGUUUAAUAAAUAAGUUUCACAUAUAAUAAUGUAGGUGUAAAUUGGUUAGAACCAAAUGAAAAUUGUUGACAGUUUACUAUGAGAGUACUACAAGUUAUUUGCGUUGAAUAUUGAAGUCUACAAGACGUAUAGGGUCGAAAAUUUGAUAAUAAUUACAUAUUUGCGUAAUAUAUAAUCUGUACCAGUUGCAAAGUGAACAGUUCGAUAUACCUAAUUACUGGAUGAGAAAUCUCUCUGCAGUUUCAGUCAUUGCCCUAUCUAAGUAAAUUGUUUUCCAUCCGAUCCAUUGAAACACGACCGUACAUUUUUUUGUCAACUGAUUUGAAACUGUACAUAUUGUUUGUAUGUAUAUGUUACGAUUUUAAUUAUUCCUUUUUUAACAGACAGGAGUUUUAUAUGACAGUUAUAUGACUAUUUUGUAUUAUUUUUUUUAACCAAAUUAUCAUCAGGGUAACUUGUGUUUUGUAAUUCCUAAUAAAUAAGCAAAUAGUGCUAGUGCAAUGAGGUUUAUAUUUCUGUUAUAGUUUUAAAUUAUAAUGUGGUGGUAAUGUCUAUGGAACAAUUUUAAUUUGAAAUUAAAUCAGCGUAAUUGAUUCUCAAACAAUCCGAUGUAUGACAAUCAAUUACUCUUUACGCAAUUAUUAUAUUAAAUAUUAUGCUAUCAAUAGGAAAAUGAUAACACUUCACUGAAACUUUAUAAAGGACUGUUACUUUUGUCAUAAAUUAAAUACAGUAAUUAUUAAACAUUAUUCAAUAACGAUAAUAUAAAAUGGUACAUUGAUUCUGUUAGACCAUUUCCUGACUAAUUGGUACAUUAUCAUUUCACCCAAUAAACUCUAUGCCAACUCGUUACAAGUUCUUUAUCUUGCGUCUGUGUUUCCUGCCGAUAGAUACCGCAAAAAUUUAUUUAAAAAUAUAAUGUACCGACAAAUGUGGAAGUGGCCUUAGAUAGAAUACUUGUUUUAUUAAUAUUUUAAAUUUCGCUAAAGGGACUUAAUGCGAUGAAAAUUUUUUCGUCCUGUCGUGGCCACGUAGUGCAAGCCACGUUGAAACGUCGGCAAUAAAGAAAUAUGUAAGUACUGUUUACCUAAGUUGUGUAAAAAAAACCUACAAAAAAAACUUUUUUUAUCGCGUUAAGACCCGAUAGUGUAUUUAAAAUAUGUGUAAACAACGCGAAAGUUUAAAAUCAACUACUGUUUUAAUAGGCCGUAAAACAAAAUUUUAUUUUAUUUAAGGAGCGAUCUGAAUACCAUUGUCUGAUACUGCUGCCACUCAUCACCCAAUUCUCAGUUGUGCUCAGAAUGUUAUACCUACAGUAUUUUCAUGGUAAUAAUUCGUGUAUGUGCUUAUGUACGUAUGUGCAUAAGACUGGUUUCGUAGUCGUCUUAAAUUGCUUCCAGAUUUCUCAAAUUGCACACUAGAUUUUAGGUUUGAUAUGUUUUAAUAAUCAACGGUAUAUAGAUUAUAGAGAACGCUAGAUAAAUGAAUUUUAUUUAUUCACAAAACAAAGCUUAGUAGAUUAUUUUGACCGCUCUUUUGCCAAUAAUAUACAUAUUAUUUUUAUCUAUAAUUUUAUAGAUAUCUUUCAUGAUAUAAUUGUAUAUAUAUAUUACUUUAAAGUACAAUAUUAUUCGGUAACAUAUUUCGUCAUAGUCGUAGAAUACUGACGAAUCUGACAAAGAUUACAUAUAAAGAUCCGACAGUAUUCUACGACUAUGACGAUUUGUCAUAAUUAAUAUGUUUGCAACAUUGUGAUUAAAAUAAAAUAUGAAUACUUGAAAUACUAACUUAACGUACGGAGUAAUCGAAAUCGGGGUCAUUGACCGUAUAAUUUGCCACGUGGAUGACGCUAUAUCAUACUAUACCUAAGUAGGUAUAUCUUGAAUAAUCUUAUCUGAACAACUUUUGAUAAUAAUGAUGCUAAGGACUAAGUCCUUAAGACAAGUGUAUGAACGCAUUUAAUGUGAUUGUAUUGAGUUAUCAUUAACUUAUCAAGAGAAUAUAUUGACUAUUUAUAACCCGGUUAUUAAAUAGAUUUGUUAAAAAAUAUAAUACAUUGUAUUUGCAAUUCAGUUGACGAUGACUGAUUUUACUCGUAUGACAUUUUUUUUUUAUUACACAUAUCACGUUGAUAGCAAUGUCUGGCGAUUUUUUUUUUCAUGAAAAUGUGAAUCGAGAAAUUUUCAAAGCAAUUUUAAUGUCAUCUCUACUUUUUGUCACUGUGUCUAUUUGUAUGUUGUUGAAAUUAAUUGGAACUAGUUAUUGCAUGAAAUAAUGGACAUUAUGGACAUUUUAUACUGCAUAACAUAAUCCAAUUGAGCUCCGUCAUCAUCAUCGUCGGAUCCUAAUGUUCAUUGUGAUCCAAUUGAUUAUCAGCUGAUUUUAAUUUGAUUGCAAUUUUAAUUGUAAUAAAUAAUAAUUAAAAGAAUUUACUUUCAUCGUGGUUUCAUACUAAUUUGUUUAAAGUACUUUUCUUCUGUCAAAAUAAUAGUUUAUUAAAUAAAAUGUUUUGGAAUUCGUUCUCUUGAUGAUGUGAUUCAUUAUUUAUCAUUCGAAUGUAUGUCCCAUAUUUUUCAAUAACAAUAUUCUAUUUCUGGUAGGACAAUAAUACUAAAGAAUGCUAAUAAUUUUGAUUUCGACCUUUAUUUACAUUUAAUAUUCUAAAAGCGGUAUGUGUUUUGAUGAUAAAUCUUCCAUCAUAACGUCUUAAGGAUAGUAACGAGUUUGUGAUCUUAUAGGGUUGCGAUAAAUUAUUACGAUUUAAUAUUUUUAAUAUUAGCGCAUCCACGAAAUGUGUUCAUGUAAUUAAAAUACAAUAAUAAUACCUCUACAUAAAAUAGCAAUAAAUAAAAUAAUCCAAAAACAUGUGCAUUUUUUAGAAACGGUUGAGGAUAUAAAAUUUACUUUUACUAAAUAUAAAAUAUUAUGAACUGUUUCUUAUACUUAAAAUUGUGAUCGUAUUCUGUAGUGUAAGUAGAGAAAGGCCAAGAAAGGUGGCAUUUUAUAGUGAAUUGUGCGGGUAACUAUGCAAUAUGUUUAGAUAGGCAAUCUUGUAGUGAUAUACUAUUCACAUUCACGAUGGACGUCCUGCGUUUAGAUGAUGAAUUUGUUUCUGUGAAGUAACCAUGCAUCACCAUAUAACAAUACAAAACAAAUUCAUGUAUAGUAUAAGCGUCUAUUGAGCCUACAUUAACGCGCCUGAUGCCUAUCAUCUGAACGUUAGACGCCUUUCAGUGAACUCUGUAGGUACAGUUCCGGAUUAUUCAUAUAGGCAAAGUAGACAUGUGUUUAUAUUCAUAUAAAAUCCAAAUGAUACCUACCUGUUUAUUAGAAAGGGCCCUUAGACCUCUAUAUGGAUUAAUCCGGUCCUGUGUAGGUAGUCAUAAUAAUAUUAUCUCGCUGAAACAUUUUUAUCAAUCGAAUAAUUUCAUUUUCAUAAUUUUAUCAAUUAAAUAAGCUUGACACUAAUGUCACUAAAUAAUUUUGUUGUUAUCUUUUAUUAUUUUAAUUUUUUUUUAAUUAUUAUUAAUGAUUAUAUUCGCAUCUCAAAGGUACACAUGAAAUUUAUAUGAAAAUAACCUCUAACAAAUAUGUCGGACUUUUUCCAAAAAAUUGUCGACUUUUCCUAAAAUAUAUUGUAGAUUUUAAAAUAUGAAGAUAUAACAGUGGCUUAUUAGCGAUAUAAUAAGCUUUAUUUAAACUGAUGUAGGUAACGUUAACUGUUCCACCCCAAUAUAUGACGUAGAAUGUAUAGCAUUUCUAUAUGUAGCUUAAAUGCUUUAAGUUAUAAAAAUUAUACAUCACUGUACAUCUCAGUACAUAAAAUUAAGAGAAACAAAUGGGAAAAUAUAUGGUAUAUCGAUUUGUUUACUUUCCUUACAUGAAAUAUGUAAAUUUAAAUUAUAACACUUUUGGAAUAACAUAGUAAGUUCACUUUAAUUUCUAUUAUGUUUGUGAAUUGUAAGAUAUUCAUCCUACAUAUUUGAUAAUGUAAUAUAGCUCUUAAUCUGGCUCCUUUUAGGUGAGUUUUAUAAUGUAGUUAGAUGAAACGAGCGGAUACUCUGUUCUCCUGUUCAAUUUAAACUUCUGAAAACAUUCUUACUGCAUUUUUUCGUUGUUAUAAUGCUUCGUUAAUAAUUUUCUAAUACUGUUCUUUUCGUCUAAACUUGUCUGUUUACUUACCCGGACAAUUUAUCAGAAAUUUCGGAACCGAACGAUAUAUGUAUGAUGUUGACGUUAAAGUCACGAAAUAUAUUCUAUCAAAAUAAUACAAUUUCCUUUGGUCGUUUCAUGAUAGGGUUAAGAGCGAAGAUGAAGAGCGAAACAUCACUCCAUAAAUCAGUAUGAAUCUAUCUUAUGGCACGUAUGAAAUUUCAGCCCUAAUUUUCAAAUUUUUGGUAUCUAUUUUUUUCAGAGUUCUGUAGCUCGUUUUAGGCUGUUUGUUCCUACAGUCUAAUUCCACCUUUAGUAUCAAUAGAUCCUUACGUCAACAUUGUUCAAUAUUAUUAAAAAUAUAUUUCACAAUCUGACGAUCUAAAUCUCAAGUCUCAAAAUUGGAGUCGCCUUCGUCACAUACUGAAUGAUAUAAGUUCAAGAAAGUUUUUUUUGUUAAUCUAUUAAAUGUAAAAAAUGUCUACAUCAAUCAAUUUAAAUAUUGUUAAUAAUUGAAGUACUUAAGUAUUUGAACAAGCAAAGUAAACUUGAUCAGUAUACCAUUCUUUUUCUAUAUUAGUUUUAGCGUUAAUAAACAUUUAUUUCGAUUAUUCUAGUAAUGUUCCGAAUUACUUGUUUAAAUUGUAAUUUCUCUUUUUAAAUUUUAUUUUUUAAAUUGUAAAUUCUCCCUAAAUUGUUCAUAUUUCACAAUGUAUAUUAUUUUGUACAUUAUUAAAAUGUUUGUUGUAUAAUUUUAUUUAAAUUCACAAUAAAGAUAAAUUGACAAAGAUUGUUACGAUAGACAGAAAUGUAUAACUAUUUUAUGUGACUAAGGUUUCGUUGUGGCAGAAUGUCGCCGCUCAACGUAAGAAGUGUACCUAUGUAAAUUUGUAUGUAUGUACAAAUUGUAAAUGCAUAUACAGGCACAGCGUUUUAACCUUUAUUGGCCUGUUUUACCACAUUUUAUCAGUAUAUAUUUUGACGUAUAAGUUCGUAAAUUAUUUCAUUUAUUAUUUAUAAUAACACCUAGAUAAUUUCAUGAAAUGUUGUCAAGCGGGCCUGCAUUAUGCAGAUUUCUAAAUAUAAUAAAUAAAUAUAUUAAGUUUAUUGUUUUCGAAACGAGAGAAAUUGCAAAUCAAGAUUUGAAUGUUAGAGGAAUUGUGAAAAUGUAUUUUCACGGUUAAUAAAAAUAUGUAUUUAAA